ACGUCUCCGGCGAACAAUCCGACGGCCACCACUUCGCAGAUGUUAUCAAGAUCGCAGGCAUCUAUGGCGUCUCACCUUGGAGAAGAUACCAAGAAAAGCUUCCUCGAAGAUUUGGGAUCUGCGAAUCAACCAGAAAGGUUUCCGUCCAAACAGAUCGAAAAAUUCAAAGGAUUUCCAGCGAUUUCCUUCACCCCGGAUGAGGUAAAAUCACUCUCUGCCCCUUAUGAAUAUGCAUUGGUUGGUCGUUUCAACAAGUCUAGACCCCCUCUCCAUAUCAUUCGCUCUUGCUUCGAAAGAAUUGGUUUCAAAGUGAAUCUUAAAAUUGGUCUGCUUUCUCAAUCAAUUUUGCUGUUGAAUUUCAAAUGCCCACUUGAUUAUCAACGUUGUUUCUCAAAACGGGUUUGGAAAAUCAAUGGGUCAUCGAUGAUUGUGUCCAAAUGGAGCUCUGAUUUUCAUGUGGACAUUGAGACUCCAAUCUUUCCGAUAUGGACUUCUUUACCUCAUCUUCCUGUCCAUCUUCAAGAGGCUAAGGCUCUUUACAGUAUUGCAAAGUGCUUGGGUAACCCGCUUAUGAUGGACUCCUCUACUUCUGCAAAAAUCAGACCGUCUGUGGCUCGUUUUUUUGUUGAAAUGGAUAUUACACAAGAACUACCGAAGAAGAUUUGGAUUGAUAAUGGAGGCCACGGUUUCUUCCAACCAGUGAGCUAUGAGGACAUCCCAAAGUAUUGUAGGGAUUGCCAAAAAUCAGGGCACAUUACCGGAAAAUGCAAUACUACGGAUGAUGUUUUUCUUAAGAAAGAUGCUGCAACCUCAACCAAAGCCAACUACAAGGAUCCGAAACCAAGUAGGGACACAGGAUGCCCCAAUCCGAAGGAAACAAAAACUACUGUCCAAAAUUCUAAAGCUAAUGAAGAUGUACUUGUGACACCCCUUGAACAACAGGAAAUAGCCAAAGAGGAUAUGGCAAGGUGGGGGUCAGUGGCAGAAGGCACCACACCAACAACUAGAGGCAAUGACACAUCUGUCCAAAGCUCCAAGAACCGAUCUGCCAACAUUGAAAAGAUUCCAAGUCUUGAGGGAUCAAGCUCAAUACAGCCUACUGCUCAGUUAGAGGUGGAAGAGGCUAUAGUUGGGACUCAACAUAAAGCUGAUGUCGUUGAGAUCGAAAAUGCAGUUACUAUGGUAGCUGAUGCAAUUGAAAUCCACGAUGGGUGUUCUACUCCCACUCUUGUUUUUCAAGAUGGAAUGAAUAAACCAAAUAAGACUCAGGCCGCUAAAAUAUCACCUGACCCUCAGACUGCAAUUGAGGCGAAAACAACAACCAGACAUACCUACAAGGAAACUAUCAUCGAGGUUGAUGGUCAAUUAUUCAUCAUCGAGGUCAAGGAACAAGAUGACUUCAAAACAACGGAAAAACCUUUGGAGGUCACAAAAGAUGCAACUUCAGCAGGUUCUAAAGAUGAAGAACCCCAAGAGUUUGCUGCAAAUGACACCUUUGACGCAAGCCAGGAUAAUGAGGAGACACGGAACCAAACAGAAGUAGAAUUUGAUUGUGAAGAAUAUCACUCUCACAUUGUCAUACCUGCCAGUUACAACUUCACUGGACUAAGCAUUUUUUGCAAGGGUUUAUCUCAGCUUCUUAGCACACCAGUAGAUAAGAAUUCGUUGAGUAACCAACAGCCACUUCUAAAUGGAACAACUGAAAUAUCUGGGAAUGCUAUAAUUGACAGUGAUGAAGGAUGGAAAUGCGCCCAAAGUGAGAGGGUUUGUGGCAAAGAAGAGGAAAAACAGAAGGAAUCUGUGAAUAGGGUCUCCACUGAUUCAGCACUAAAAUUGGAGUUGGAAAGUACUCCAAGAAACUACACAGAUGCAGUAUUAGACCGGGAGAGUAUCAAGCAGUUUGAUCAAGUCAUUAAGGACAACCUAAGCCUCUUCCGGAAAUCCAUGGCUAAGAUAAAAUUCUUACAAGCUCUAAACAAGGGACAGAUAGUCAACUACUCAGGGGAAGUACUUCGGGUUACUAGAGAGACAACAAAGAGCUUUGAAUACAUAGAUGCAGCAUUAGUUCAAGAAGCAAAGUACCCGGUCUACCUUGCUUAUGCCAAUGAGGAUAUGGAUGCAGUUCUCAAUCACCUAUGCGGAGUGCAGGAAUGAAUAACCCUAAAACUGGGCAAGGAUUUAUUUAGACUGUCUUUUAUCAGCUUAUCUGGGAUUUUAUUAGUUCUUAUCCGAUUAUAGGUGAUUUAUUAAAUCUUAGGACUUAUC